AUGCAAGUUAGCCAAGGAGGAAAUCUGACGACAGAAAACUUCUCCUUAGCUCAACUGGAAAUUGAUGAAUAUGAUCCGCAAAUUACCUCCCUUUCAGCAAUUGGUCUUGUACUUCGCGGCAUGGCGAUGGCAGCUAUCAUGGUCGGUGCAAUAUUCGGUAAUGUUCUUGUUAUCAGCAGCGUGUUUAGAUUCGAGAGACUCCGUGGCAUUACAAACUUCUUCAUAGUGUCUCUAGCUUUCGCCGAUCUUCUUGUUGCCAUUCUGGUAAUGCCCUUCAAUGCCAGCAUGGAGAUUACCGGUAAGUGGGUAUUUGGUAGGAUAAUGUGUGAUAUUUUUAACGCCAACGACGUCUUAUUCAGUACAGCAUCUAUUCUACAUCUUUGUUGUAUCAGCAUGGAUCGAUACAUUGCUAUCUUACACCCGCUACAAUACGAAACGAAAAUGACCCGACAAAGAGCUCUGAUUAUGCUCGGCGUGACCUGGGUAUCGUCGAUCCUUAUAUCCUUCAUCCCUGUUUAUUCACAACUCUACACAACAGAAGAAAACGUCCAGACACUUGUCAACGACCCAGAUUCUUGCCCAUUCAUUGUGAACAAAGUUUACGCAGGCGUUUCUUCUAGUGUCUCUUUCUGGAUUCCAGCCACAAUUAUGGUUUUUGUGUACGCGCGAAUUUUCAUGGAAGCACGGAGACAGGAAAAAAUGAUACAGACUUCAGCGCUUUACACACACUACUCAGAUCUUAGGGACCCUAACGGAUUAAACAUAGACAGGGACGCCCAUAGAUCUGAACGGAGGCGUAUGAAGCGGGAACAUAAGGCUGCCAAAACUCUUGGGAUAAUUAUGGGUGCUUUUAUAUUGUGUUUUUUACCUUUCUUUUCAUGGUAUGUAGCAACGACUAUGUGUAGAGACGCCUGCCCGUAUCCAGCUAUGUUAGGAUCAGCGUUGUUCUGGGUAGGUUAUUUCAAUUCGUGCCUCAACCCAUUAAUUUAUGCUUAUUUUAACCGAGAAUUUCGCACAGCGUUCAAAAGACUACUACGUUUGGAUCGGGUACCUUGUGAUUCGAACUGUGACCCUUCAUCUCGGGUUCUUAAUACAACAUACGUCACCAAUAGUGAUCAACACUCAAGGGAUGCUUGCCACACGGUUGAUAGACGAUGUGAUUGUUCCGUGCAAGAACCUUGA